UAGUAAAAUUCUUGUUUACUUAUGGGUUGGAAGACUUAGACCGAAGAGAAGGAGACCAAGAUCGAGACCCAACUAUGGCGCUCUCGAUGUUGUCUUCCCUUCUCUUCUCCUCUCUCCUCAUCCUCCUCCUCCUCCUCAAACCCUCUGUCGCCAUUUACUGCGACGAAGACGAUUGCUACGAUCUCCUCGGGGUUACGCAGAGUGCCAAUGCAUCGGAGAUCAAGAAAGCUUACUACAAGCUCUCCCUUAAACAUCAUCCCGAUAAGAAUCCAGAUCCUGAGUCUAAAAAGCUCUUUGUUAAGAUUGCAAAUGCUUAUGAGAUUUUAAAGGAUGAGGCCACAAGGGAGCAGUAUGAUUAUGCAAUUGCACACCCAGAGGAGGUAUUUUAUAAUGCAGCUAGAUACUAUCAUGCAUAUUAUGGGCACAAAACAGAUCCUCGUGCAGUUUUGGUGGGCCUUCUUUUGGUUGUUUCUGCAUUGCAGUAUCUCAACCAGUGUUCAAGAUAUUCUCAGGCAAUAAACAUGGUAAAAAAGACGCCAGCUUUUAAAAAUAAGUUAAAAGCACUGGAGCUUGAACGCAGCGGUGGUGUAACAAACAAGAAAAAGGGUCAUAAGCAAAUGGACAAGAAGGUGGAAGAAGAUCUUAGCAAUGAACUCGAGCUGCAGAUCCAAGGGGCUGAGAAACCGUCCAUGUGGAAUCUUUUUGCUGUUCAGUUUUUGCUUCUACCUUACACUCUAGGAAAGAUAUUAUACUGGCAACUCUGUUGGUUCUGGAGAUACCAAAUAAAAAAGGCUUCAUAUACAUGGGAUGAUGCUUGUUAUUUGACACGGACUUGCCUCAAACUGCCUCCAGAACAUUGGGAAAAUAUAAAUGACCAGAUGAAGGACGAUCUUGUUCUUAAGCGUUUAUGGGAAAAGAACAACAUGGAGAAUUACCUGGCAGAGAUGAGAAAGGAGUCGAAACGUCGAAGAUAAUAUGUUCUAUUUUACUUUAUAGUGAACUUUCUUCCCUGACUCCUGAAAUUUGUACCAGAGAGUAGCAAGGGAGGGGCAUAUGAAGAUUAAUUGUGUUCAAUAGAAAAAAAUUGAUGUUAUUAUUCAUAAUUUAUUAAAGUCAAAUUUUGAUCUAACAACUAUAGAAAUAAUAAAUUUGUUGGGUUAA